UGCAUUACUUGGUCAUCUUGCAUUCAUCAGGCAUGGCUUUCUAUCUGCUUCUGUGUAUAGCAAUUUUGGAGAUCUCAGUUUUGCGUGCAGCUGUGCGGACUCCAUUGAAAUGCAACCUGGGCACUAAACCCUGCAAGGAUGGCUCUGAGUGUAUUCUCUACCAGCAUGUGUGUGACGGAGAAGUCGACUGUAGGGAUGGCUCUGAUGAGGAGGACUGCACUGUCACAUGCACUAAAGGACAGUUUCUGUGUACCCAUGGGAAGAAGUGCAUUGACCAGAAGCAGGUGUGUGACGGGGUGGCCCAGUGUCAGGACCGUUCUGAUGAGGUGGACUGCCUAAAGGACAUGGAGGGCUGUGCUCACCACUGUGACAACACAACCCGCUGCCUCCCUAAAACCUUCCUCUGUGACGGCGAGGACGACUGCCUGGACGGCACCGACGAGGCCAACUGUGAUUCAGACUCUGAUGGUCAUAAAAAUCAUCAUGAUGUUGAAGUUUCUGAAAAUGAAUCGAGCAACUACAAAGGGUUUACCACCAUGUCUGCACCAGCACCCCUCAAGUGUCCUUUUGGCACUAAACCAUGUCAGGACAAGACUGAGUGUGUUCUUUACAGCCAUGUGUGUGAUGGAGAUGCAGAUUGUAAAGAUGGCUCAGAUGAGCAAACCUGUUCAUUGGAAUGUGAAAAUGGUGAGUUUCAGUGUGCCCAUGGGAUGAAGUGCAUUGACCAGAGGCAGGUGUGUGACGGGGUGGCCCAGUGUCAGGACCGUUCUGAUGAGAUGCACUGUCUGAAGCCCAUGGAGGGCUGUGCUCACCACUGUGACGACAAGACCCGCUGCCUCCCUGACACCUUCCUCUGUGAUGGCGAGAGGGACUGCCUGGACGGCACCGACGAGGCCAACUGUGAUUCAGACUCCACUGAUGAUCAUAAAAAUCAUCGCUAUUUUGUUGCUGAAGAUUAUGACGGCAACAACGAAGGGAAUGCCACCUCAAUGUCGGCACCAGCACCCCUCAAGUGUAUUUUUGGCACUAAACCAUGCCAGAACAAUAUUGAGUGUGUGCUUUACAGCCAUGUGUGUGAUGGAGAGGCAGAUUGUAAAGAUGGCUCCGAUGAGGAAGGGUGUUCAUUAGAAUGUGGAAGUGGCCAGUUUCAGUGUGCCCAUGGGAAGAAGUGCGUUGACCAGAGGCAGGUGUGUGACGGGGUGGCCCAGUGUCAGGACCGUUCUGAUGAGAUGCACUGCCUGAAGCCCAUGGAGGGCUGUGGUCACCACUGUGACGACAAGACCCGCUGCCUCCCUGACACCUUCCUCUGUGAUGGCGAGAGGGACUGCCUGGACGGCACCGACGAGGCCAACUGCGCUGAUGAGAGCUGCAGCAGUGGGGAGUUCCGUUGCACCAGUGGUCAGUGUGCAUCUAUAAGCAUGCGCUGCGACGGGCAUCCUGACUGUUGGGACCACUCUGACGAGGAGAGCUGCACCAAGCCCCCCCAGUGCACCACCAACCGCCGCUGCCCACACAGCCAGGAGUGUCUGCUGGAGGAGUGGGUCUGUGAUGGGGAGCAGGACUGUAAAGAUGGCUCUGAUGAAAAGGAUUGCAAGAUGUUCCAAUUGAAGUGUGGGGAGUUCCAGUGGGCCUGUACAUCAAAGAGCCAAUGUGUUCCCAAAGCAUGGAGAUGUGAUGGAACAAAGGACUGUGCUGACGAAAGUGACGAGGCAGGAUGUGGUCAGGUGGAAACAUGCCCAUCUCACCAGUUCCAGUGUGCUAGUAUGUCAGAGUGUUUGGACACAGCCCUGGUGUGUAACUUGGUUAGGAACUGUGCUGAUGGUUCUGAUGAGGGUGGUGACUGCGAAACCAAGUGUCCAGACAAAGCCCUAUGUGUCCAAAACUGCUACAGCACACCACAGGGAACAAGGUGUGGGUGUAAGGCUGGUUACCAGCUCGACAAGGAUGCAGUGUCCUGUGGUGAUAUUGAUGAGUGUGAAGGUGGUAGACAAGUUGUUUGCAGCCACUCAUGCGUAAACACUCAGGGCUCCUUCCACUGUCACUGCAACCCUGGUUACCUGCUGGAAUCUGAUGGCCGCCGCUGCAAGAUCAUGGGUGAGCCGUAUCUUCUGGCCUCUGUGCAGACAGACCUGUUCCUUGUUGGGCUGAGAAGCAGUAGUCUGGAUGUCCUGGUGUCCUCUGCUAAGAAAGCCAUCCUGUCUGUGGACUAUGACUGGAGGGAUCAGAGGGUGUUCUGGGUCAGCCUGGAUUCAGAGAGCAUAAAGUGGUCCUCUCUAGACCAAAAAAAACGAGGAACCCUUUUCAAAGGCAUCAAAUCUGACUGCAUUGCUGUUGACUGGGUAGGGAGAAACCUGUACUGGAUUGAUGGCAUUGGAGGUGGUCGGAUUAUUGCUAUUGGAUUAAACUCAACCAUUACGAGGGCUCUGGAUCUCACUGUCAUUCUUGACAAGGACUUUGAACAACCUCUCUCUCUGGCACUCCUGCCACAGAAGGGGCUCAUGUUCUGGUCAGAGAUUAGUAACGAGGUAAAGAUUGAGCGGGCAGGAAUGGAUGGGUCUGAGAGGAGAGUGGUGGUCAGUCACAGCCUCAGCUGGCCAGGCAGUCUGGCUGUGGACCCAAUAGGGGAGCGGCUCUACUGGACAGACAAGAAGCUUGGGUGCAUUGGCUCAGCCACCCUGGAUGGCGGGGACAUCAAGAUUCUGCAGUUGACGGAGACCACCAACCCGUUCUCGGUCACAGUUUUCAAUGACCUGCUCUACUGGUCAGACACCAAGAGGGGAACUAUUCAAGGGGCUAAUAAAAUCACUGGAAAGAACCGCCAAGUUAUACUAAAACGACCUGCACAACCCUUUGGACUCAAAGUCAUUCAUCCACUGCUGCAAACAAGCACCGAUAGUCCCUGUGAGAAACUUCGUUGCUCUCACCUGUGUGUGUUGGCCCCUGGCCCCAAAGGGGUUUGCAAGUGUCCCUCUGGUCUGCUCCUAGCGGAUGAUGGCCUCAACUGCUCCAACCUGGUCAACUCUGCCUUCCUCUUGGUGUUGUCUCCAACUGUUGUGACACAGAUAUACCUGCAGACCAUGCUCAGUGCUGUGGGCCUGAAGACCUGGCCUGAGCACCUCUCCCUACCUCUUGCCAAUGUCAAUGAGGCAGCCAUGUUGGAUUACACCCUACGAGACAAGAUCCUGUACCUGGCUGACUCUGGCCAGUCUUCUGUAGGCCUCUUCAAGCUGAAGGAGACCAGCUUGGUGCCUCGCGGCCAGUUCCUGCAACUUAAAGGGGACACUGUCACAGCCCUGGCUCUAGACUGGAUAACCCUCAACGUAUACUGGAGUAGCACCAAACAGCCACGCCUGCAGGUCACCUCUUCCAAUGGGGAACACACUGCUGUGUUAAUUCAUGAUAUGGGAAGUCUGGAGUCCAUAGCUCUUCACCCACUUAGUGGAAGACUCUGUUUUACCAACCUGGCCAAGCAGGGGGAAGGUGCUCAUGUGGAGUGUGCUCACAUGGACGGGGGGAAGCGAGUUCCGGUUUGGAAGGAUGCUGUGCAGCCCACCUCCCUGACUUUCACCAAUGAUGGCGGGGAGAUUUACUGGGCUGACAUCGGUGCUGGGGUGAUCGGCUCUGUCAGAGUUGAUGGUUCUGGAUACAAUGAGUUUACAACUGGGGAUGGCCUUACUGCAUUUGCGCUCAGCAACGGCAUGCUCCUCUGGGUGACAGACCAUGACACGACCCAAGUUUGGUAUAGAGAUGACCAACUGAUCAAGACACUUUGGUUUGAGGUCAACACUAAAGUGGUCAGUUUGAAGGCCUACAGCAAGUCCAGCCAGAUGGGUUUCAACUUCUGCUCAGAUGGGAAUGGAGACUGCAGUCACUUGUGUCUGGCUGUCCCUGGUGGUAGGACAUGUAGGUGUGCCCAUGGCCAUCGACCAGUCAAUGCCACACACUGUGCCCUAGACCAGCACUGCCCAGCUGGUAGUAGACCCUGUCUGGACGGGCACACAUGCCUCCCCCUGGAGAAGUUCUGUGAUGGGCAUCCUGACUGCCUUGACACCUCGGAUGAGAAUUGUGUCCAUCUCAAAGGGCAGUCUGAAGUCCAGUCUAAAGCUCCAACCCUGCUGCCAAGCCCCAGCAUUCCCAUGUCUGCAGAUCCUGGCUCUACCACUCUGGACAACAGUGGGCUGGUGAGAAACCUGGAUGUCAAGCAGCAGUGUAGCGAGAAGCGCUGUAAUGGGAAUGGGGAGUGUGUGGAGACCAAUGGGGGCACCUCCUGUGCCUGUGGUCUAGGCUACAGUGGAGACUCCUGCCAAGACCAGCUCGCCAAUACCAUGCAAGGCCCACUAAUCUAUGGGGCUGUUGGUCUCUGUGCUGGGAUUGUAGUUAUCAGUGUCCUUGUUGCUGUGGUCAGGAGGAAGAUUGCAAACACAAGGCGAGCCGGCCCUGUGGUAAAGCAGACCAGUAUGACUGACUUGGAGAAACUUGGAGAUUCUCCCUCUACACAACCUUCACCUGACGAAACUAACUUUUCAGAGGAAGUGGUGUCAUCUGUGGCGUAACUAAUUAAACUGCAUAUUUUAUGCCUAAUCAAUAAAGGAUGUUGCAUUUUC